CUAACCUCAAAAACAAACGUCAAUCAUUCUCUUUCGAACCAGCGGCAACAGCAGCACAACGCGAGGCACGAGUUCUUUUAUUUUCACAUAAAAUUUAAUUAAAAACCCGAUAUAAACAUGUUUGGUGGACAGCAACCCAUCCUUGUGUUGAGUCAAAACACAAAAAGAGAAUCGGGCCGCAAAGUGCAGUUGGAGAAUAUUCAAGCCGGAAAGGCCAUUGCCGAUGUGAUUCGCACCUGCUUGGGCCCCCAGGCCAUGCUAAAGAUGUUGAUGGAUCCCAUGGGCGGUAUUGUGAUGACCAACGAUGGCAAUGCGAUCUUGCGUGAAAUCACGGUGCAGCAUCCAGCGGCAAAGAGCAUGAUCGAAAUUGCACGCACACAGGAUGAAGAGGUGGGCGAUGGCACCACCUCUGUCAUUGUGCUGGCCGGCGAGAUGUUGGCCGCUGCCGAGCCAUUCCUGCAACAGCAAAUUCAUCCGACUGUCAUAAUUCGCGCAUAUCGCGAAGCACUCGAGGACAUUGUCAAUCACCUACAAUCCGAUCUGAGUGUGCAAUUGGAUGUGAAAGAUAAGGCGAAGAUGGCUGAGGUAGUCAAGGCGUGUGUGGGUACCAAAUUUAUUGGCAAGUGGUCUGAUUUGGCUGUGAAAAUUGCUCUGGAUGCCGUUGAGACGGUUACACUGAAUGAGAAUGGACGUUUGGAGGUGGACAUCAAGCGUUAUGCCAAGGUGGAGAAGAUUCCCGGUGGCUCCAUCGAUGAGUCCUGCGUGCUGAAGGGCGUCAUGAUCAACAAGGAUGUGACACACGCCAAGAUGCGUCGCUACAUUGAGAAUCCGCGCAUUGUGUUGCUCGACUGUUCGCUGGAGUACAAGAAGGGCGAAAGCCAGACAAAUGUGGAGAUCAUUGGUGAGCAAGACUUUACGCGCAUGCUGCAAAUCGAAGAGGAGUUCGUACAGCGUGUCUGCGCCGACAUUAUUGCCGUCAAGCCCGAUCUGGUCUUCACCGAGAAGGGUGUGUCCGAUCUGGCACAGCAUUAUCUGCUCAAGGCGGGCAUCACAGCCAUCCGGCGCUUGCGCAAGACAGACAACUUGCGAAUUGCCCGCGCCUGUGGCGCCACCAUCGUCAAUCGCACUGAGGAGCUGACCGAGAAGGAUGUGGGCACCGGUGCCGGUCUGUUUGAGGUGAAGAAAAUUGGCGACGAGUACUUUACGUUUGUCACACAGUGCAAGGACCCGAAGGCUUGUACUAUUUUGCUGCGCGGUGCCAGCAAGGAUAUACUCAACGAGACGGAGCGCAAUCUGCAAGAUGCUCUGCAUGUGGCACGCAACCUGGUGUUGGAGCCACGCCUUGUGGCUGGCGGUGGUGCUGUUGAAAUGGCUGCUUCCCAGCUGCUCACCCGCAAACAGGUGAAGGGUCCCUACACGGCUGUGGCUCACGCCUUGGAGAUCAUUCCACGCACCUUGGCGCAGAACUGUGGCGCCAAUACUAUUCGUGCCUUGACCGCACUGCGUGCCAAGCACGCUUCACACAAAGCCGCCGGCGUUUGUGCCUGGGGCAUUGAUGGCGAAUCUGGUGAAAUUGUCGACAUGAACGUGAAGAACAUUUGGGAGCCGUUGGCCGUCAAGUUGCAGACCUACAAAACUGCCGUGGAGACUGCAAUUCUGUUGCUGCGCAUCGAUGAUAUUGUUUCGGGCUCAAAGAAACGUGGUGGCAACGAGCCAACUAAUCCUGCCGCUAUGGCUCAGGGCCAUGAAUAGGCAAAAAAAGCAAAAAAACAAACUUCAUCAAAUACAAGUGUAUUAAUAAUGCUUAAUAUUUUAAUACUUAAUUUAACACACACACAACAAAACCAAACACAAAAACUCCACCCCAUACACUACAAAUGUUUAACAUUUCGCCUACACUCUCACAUACAAAAUUUUUGUUGCAUUUGCUCUCAUUAACAGUACACAAAUAAAAAUGAUAAAACAACAAA